UAACAGAUUGUGCCCAAUAUAAGCUCCUCCUAACAAGGCUAGCUUCUUGCUUCACACCCUUUUGCACCACACUUUCUUUCUGGUUAAUUUUCAAUUUCUCUAUCUUUCUUCUUCUUCUUCCUCCUCCUCCUUUCUUCUUUUUAUCUGCAGCUAUUGUUCUUUCCCAUGGGAGAUCCUCCACGUUCUCCUACACUAGACUUUUACAGCGUCCUUGGAAUUUCUAAGAGUGCAACCAUUAAAGAUAUGUGCAAGGCAUACAAGUCUCUUGUUACAAAAAGGAAUCCUGACAUGAAUCCAUCUAACAAAGCUGAAGCACAAGUCAAAUUCCACCAAAGCAAUGAAGCCUGCAAGGCCAUCAAUGAGAAAAAGAAUCCAGAAAACCAAACUGAAUAUGAACCCACAACACCACCACCAAGUGAUUUGUCAUCUCCUGGAGGUUCCUAUAAUCAUCAUAAAAGCAUGGACGAGAGCUUCUUUUCUCGGCCUUCUGUUCUGUUCAAGAGUAUGAGUAAAAAGAGACGAACACCUUCCCCAAGUCCUACCUGCCUGUCAAGAAAUGCAAGCCGUAGUACCUCUCCGAUGCCGGAUGCCAACCGAUCGAAAAGCACUGGUAGAAGGAGUGCCUCGGAAACAGAAAUCCCUUCACUAACAAAAAGUUCAAUCCGAAAAGGCAACACUACACCUAUUGUAUACUCUCAAUCCACUGCUCGGAGAAAACCUCCACCAAUUGAGAGGAAGCUUGAGUGCACACUGGAAGAACUAUGCCAUGGAUGCAUCAAGAAAAUUAAGAUCACCAGAAAUGUCAUCACAAACGGGAUAAUUGAGCAAGAAGAAGAGAUCCUGAUGAUUAAAAUAAAGCCCGGAUGGAAGAAAGGAACAAAGAUUACAUUUGAAGGAAAGGGUGAUGAAAGACCAGGAUAUCACCCAGCAGACUUGAUUUUAUUAAUUGAUGAAAAGAGACAUCCCUUGUUUGAGAGAGAAGGUGACGACUUGGACUAUGGACUUGAGAUACCCUUGGUCCAGGCUCUCACUGGCUGCACCAUUUCAGUUCCAUUAUUAGGAGGGGAAAGAAUGUGCUUAUCAUUUGAUGAUGUCAUAUAUCCAGGAUAUGAAAAGGUUAUUAGAGGUCAAGGUAUGCCAACUAAAGAAGAAGGAAAGAGAGGUGAUUUGCAUAUCAAAUUUUUGGUCGAAUUUCCAUUGGAGUUAACUGAUGAACAACGUAUUGAAGCUUCAAGUAUUCUACAAGAUUGUUCUUGAUUAUCGCUAUAAAUUUGUGUUAAUUAAUUUGAUAAAUAGAAAUGUAGUUGUUAGUCUUUCAUUCAGUUAAAUGGGUGUACGAUUAUCAUAUAUGUAUAUACAUUUUAUCAUGCAUUUAACUGAUAUUGUUCAUUUGUUGGAUUUUGUAAUACUUAUCAAUAAUGGAGGCAG